AUGGCAUCCGAUGCGACUCAAAAGCCCUUGAAUAUCGACCUCUCGCGUUCCUCAAUGGAGUCGCCCCCGGGAAUUGCGGCACUGUUCGUCAUCUCCUUCGACAUUCGGACCGGAUAUGUGGUGUCGUGGAAACGAGCCGCCCCGGGAGUCGAGGUCGAAGGAGUCGUGGAAUACAAGUCGCUCCCUUCGGGGCUGCACAACGUCGCAGAGGACCUAGUGUACUUCGUACACGACCAGCAUGCCGGUAUCAGCGCGUUCCUCAAUCGCCCUGCUGCUGAGGCAGAGCGCAACGCUAGGAUGUUUGCCAUUGGAGUUUUGGUACCCCUCAGUUCUGGGAGACUCGGAAAGAGCUGGAGGCAUGCUCCCAAACUGAAGGAAUUGGCGCUGAAAUACGCCGCGGAUAUGUCCGACAUGCAGCCGUUAUCAGACUACUGGGACGCUUUUCAAUUGGGAGGUUUAGAAGCUGCGCCAGUGGAAUCGCCGGUUGAAUCACCUUUGAGCCUUAGGUUCCGACCGGAGGAUCGUCCAGAUAAUCGCAAUCGCGCCUUUAGUGAUGCGAUGGUGUUGGAAACGCUCAGGCCGGCCUUGACGCCUUUCCACCCUGCUUCCUCACUUCCCGAUUUCCUCGACUGCUUUGGACCUUUGAUUUUCCCACUGUAUAGGGCCGCACUUCUGCGAAAACGCAUUCUCUUCAUGAAUGAAGCACCAGUUCAUACACCGUGCAAUUAUGUCUACGAUCUAUCACUGCUGGCAUCUCUUCCAAACUCCCUUCUACAGACACUCCCGACUGAUCGCAUUCCGCCAUUGCGACCCCGCCCUCUCUUUAAUGUCGGCAUCCAUGAUAUCCCCUUCCUUUCUUCCUUCGACCCAUCUCGAGCAAUUCUGGAUCCUGUGACAGAUCCUAGCUGGAUUGCUUGCUCGACUGAUACUGUUCUGACCAUGAAACCAGAGCUCUAUGAUGCUCUCGUUACCCUCCCCGCGCCACAGUCACUGCAAGGCGCUGAACGAGUCUUCCCUACCAUCAGCUUGAUGGACCCAUCAAGCACCAAGCACAACUCGAACCAGGCAGUCCAACUCAAGGCCACUCAACGCGACGCUCGUAAAUAUGCCAUGCUCCGCAAAGGCCUACGUCGAUUCUCUCAGGACCGAUCAGACUCAGAUGACAGGUCUGACGCUGACUCAACGUACUCUUCAAGUAAAAUUGUGGAACCUCUCUCCUGGACCCGACUCGCUUACACAUCUUUCAUCUGGUGGGCCUCUGCCGGCGAGAACCGCGAUGGCCUUUCUGAUGAAGAAGAAGAACAACAAAUCGAACAAGAUGCCCGACUUCUGGCAAGUGUGGAAAGUCUUGCAUACCCUGGCCCGGGCUCUACCCGCCGCCGCUCUAGCCACUAUGACGACCAAGGCCAGGAGCCGCCGGAAGUCGCGCUGGUAGCCUAUUUCCGUCGCCUCACGACCCAAAUCUUCUACACCCUUGCUGGUGCUAUUGCUCGCCAUGAUCAUGAUGGCGAAACUGAUACAUACGCCGAGACGCCUUACCUUGACGACCCCGCCGAAGACGAGGCAGACAUCUCUCUCUCCCACUCCCGACAAUCUAUCCCCAGUGAUGAUGGUGAAACUCCCCUCCUACGUCAGAGAUCAAAUGCUCAUUCCUCCGGUCCCCAUGAGUGCGACUCAAUGCAUAGUACACAAGAUGCAGAAGAUCCAAUUGCCAUUACUGUUGCCGAUAUGGCGGAGAUGAGUCUGGACGUGUGGAGCGCCACUGAUCGGAUUUUCGUUGAGGAGCUUGUCUCGCUUUGGUGGGGACGCUCGGCGUAUGUUGAUAGUGCUCGUAUCAGGUGCUGUGGCAUCUCGAUCUUGUAG